CGCCGAGGCUUUAGAAAGAGUUCGAGUAUAUGAAUUUUGCGACGUCGAUUAUACAUAGUACACUACUACCAAGGAUCGACCCGGGUCUUCCUUGGCUUUAACCAGGUUUCUGAAAUUACUACGAGUUAUCUGAUCCGUUUAAAGUUAUCAGAUCCGCCUUCUUGUGGAGAAGAACGUACGUUGGCGUCUUCUUGGUGUCUUCUUGGGAUCCGUUAUAACGGCCCUCUUUAGGUCCCCCUCCUGGACCCUCCGUUACUCCAUUACGCUGUACUAUGGUAAAGCGUUCUAGGGCCGAAAAGGAAUGUUGCUUCAAGUGAGCCACAUACUUCGGUCAACAUUCUCUUCGUAACCUGGUGCCUGUGCUAAUGAAUCGUGGGAUGAACCAGUUGCCGUUGUCGGCAAGAAUGGAGACAGGCUCCACUUGCCCGUGAAGAGACAUGCGAGAACUCCGUUAUUCGGGCGCAUGAACAACUGUAGACCAAGCUCGAAAGACUUUCUCAACGAAUGGGUAACGUCGUCGCCGGAAUGUCAGCAAUGGAGCAGAACGACGUCGACAUUUCGUGUGCUAACUCCAUCCACACCGACGAAGGUGUGUCGAGUGGCCAUCUAACGACGCCACCGACGGACUUCGAAGAAGAUGGCAUAACCGCAGAGCAACUGGAACAGAUAUGGAGUUGGAAUACUCCGGUUCCCCCGACCUUGAAGACAUGCAUGCACGAAUUGGUUGCCGAGCAAGCGAAUAAGGAUCCUAGCCGACCAGCAGUCAACUCAUGGGAUGGCGCAUUCACAUACGGCGACGUGAACUCGAAAUCAGAUCAAUUCGCGGCUCAUCUGGUUUCAGUAGGCGUGAGAGUAGGAUCUAUUGUGCCGUUAUGUUUCGAGAAGUCGAGAUGGACGGUUGUGGCCGUUUUGGCCGUUAUGAAGUCCGGAGGCACAUUUGCGCUUAUGGACCCAAGUCAGCCCGAGGGAAGGUUACGUACUAUCGUCGAACAAACCGGCGCGUCGAUUAUCGUAACUUCAAAGCAACAGGAAAACCUCGGCAGUCGCAUUGCGCCUAACGGAACGCGAAUCACCCUAUGCGACGAGAACUUCACCAGCUAUGACACAUCAUCAAGCUUACCUUCUGUGCCAGCAAGUGCAGAUCUCUACAUACAAUUCACCUCAGGCAGCACCGGAAAACCAAAGGGUUGCGUGGUAACGCAUGAGAACUACUCUAGUGGAGCGAUACCGCGUGCGGAUAUAGUCGGAUAUCGUGCGCAUUCCCGAGUUCUCGACUUUGCAUCCUACGCCUUUGAUGUCUGCAUCGACUGCAUGCUCUGUACAUUGUCAGUCGGAGGCUGUCUAUGCAUUCCCUCGGAUGCCGAUCGAGUCAACGAUUUAAGCGGUGCUAUACGGAAGAUGAAAGUCAACAUGGCUAGCAUGACGCCCUCUGUUGCACGUGUUCUUGAUCCUGAUAUCAUACCUUCGCUUGAGGUUCUCGGGUUAGGAGGAGAAGCUAUAUCGGCAGGAGACGCAGCUGCUUGGAGUCGUCACGCAAAAGUCAUAAACGCAUACGGCCCUUCAGAGUGUACCGUAGGUUGCGCCGUGAACGGUGAUGUCGGAUCUGAGAGCCAUAAACCGGCUGUCAGCAUCGGCAGGGGAGUUGGAGGAUCGCUCUGGAUCGUCGACCCUUCUAACCAUAACAAACUCGUAGCCAUAGGCUCAGUUGGCGAACUUCUAGUCGAGGGAGCUAUAGUAGGACCGGGAUACUUGAACGAUCCUGAGAAGACAGAUGCGGUAUUCAUCAACAACCCAAAGUGGCUUCUUGCUGGGAGCCCGCAACAUGAUGGCCGCAAGGGCCGGUUGUACAAGACUGGUGAUCUCGUGAGGUAUGAUCCUGACGGGACGAUUAUCUUCGUCGGUAGAGGUGACCAGCAGGUGAAAUUACGCGGGCAAAGAAUCGAACUUGCAGAGAUUGAGUACAACAUGCUCGACAAGCUACCACCGGGAACUCGUGUCGCCGCUGAAGUCAUCCGACCUGGCGGUCCCGCAGGUGAACCGACCUUAGUUGCGUUCGUCGCCGAGCGAGCAGGCCUUGUGUCAGAGUCGGAUUCCCUUCUGGGUUCGCUCUCCUCCCACGUCUUGGACUCUCUCGCAAACAUGAACAAGGCUCUUUCGGAACACCUCCCUAUUUACAUGAUUCCUGCAGCAUAUAUCCCGUUACAAACCAUGCCCCUAUUGGUGUCAGCGAAGACCGAUCGUAAAUGUCUUCGAGAGUUAGGACAUUCGCUAAGCAGGAAAGAUAUCGCCAAGUUUACCGCCGCGAUGGUUCCUAGAAAAGAGCCUUCGACCCCAGCAGAGAAGAGCCUAGCUCAGCUAUGGAGUCAAAUCCUAGGUCCCGAGGUGGAAAUCGGCGCUCACGACAACUUCUUCAGCUUAGGGGGCGAUUCCCUUCGUGCAAUGAAACUAGUUGCUGCCGCGAGAGUACAAGAUAUCGCACUCACGGUUGCGGAUAUUUUCGCCAAUCCGGUACUUUCGGAUAUGGCUCUCGUUGCAAGACCUGGCUCUGGGGAAUCGAGUGUCGAGAUCCCGCCCUUUUCUCUUCUUGGCGAACAGUGGAGUGAAGAGUCUGCUAGAAACGAAUGUGCUGCUUUCUGCGACGUCGAUCCAUCAGCGAUCGAGGACAUCUACCCAUGCACGCCUUUACAAGAGGGUCUCAUGGCUCUGUCUGCUAAGGUCAGCGAAGCCUAUGUCGCGCAACGUGUAGUUGAACUUGUGGAUGAGACAGCGGUACAGAAGCUUGCCGAUGCUUUCAAGUUGGCGUCCAAGGACUGUGCAAUCCUCCGAACAAGAAUUGUUCAGGUUCCAGGCCAAGGAUUGAUGCAAGUGGUUGUCAAGGACGAUUUCGAUUGCAAGACAUUAUCUGGACAGAGUCUUAAUGAUUACCUAGUCCAGGAUCGAAGCGACUCAGUCCAACUUGGCAAACCUCUAGUUAGAUACGGAGUGGUUGUCAACGAAAUAUCCACAGGAAAGUCGCAUUUCGUCUUGACGAUGCACCACGCUCUCUACGAUGGUUGGUGUAUGCCUCUAAUCGUUGACCGAGUCAACAGAGCGUACAAUAACCUUUCGACCGAGAGGCCGGCUGAUUUCAAGCAUUUCAUUCACUAUCUUGGUGACAUGGAUAGAAAAGAGUCGGAAUCAUUCUGGAGAGAAAGGUUGGAUGGUGCCAACGGAGAGCAAUUCCCCACUCUCCCCUAUUCUGGCUACCAGCAACAAGCCGAUUCCCUCCUGGAACACUACGUACACACCGGAAAGCCCAAUAGCGGAAUAACAAUCGCUACAAUCAUCCGAGGGGCUUGGGGAUUGUUGGUCUCGAAUUAUAUGGCAUCAAACGAUGUCGUGUUCGGCGAGACACUCACUGGCCGCAACGCCCCGAUUCCGGGUGUUGAAGAGAUUGAAGGGCCUAUGAUCGCUACUAUACCGGUCCGAGUUGCCGUUAACCCUGAAAUGACAAUAACAGAGUACUUACAAGAUAUCCACGAUCAAUCAGUCGCUAGCAUCCCCCAUGAACACUUCGGGUUACAACAUAUUAGACGCUUAAGCCCGGAUGCUCGAGAGGCUUGCGAACUGAGGACCGGUCUAGUGUUACAUCCUAGCACGGAUGCUGAUGCUGAGGCUUCAAGUGAUAAACAACCAGCGGACAGCUUUGUCCCUGCCGGCGAUGCCGAAGCGGCAGAAGAAGCACUCAAGUUCAACACUUACGCUCUGAUGUUGGUGUGCUCUCUAGACCCUCAAGGUUUCUUAAUUAUGGCCAGUUUCGACUCCAAGACGGUGACGAGUCCCCAGAUGGAGAGAAUGCUGCAUCAACUUGGGCAGAUUACACAGCAAUUUAUCAAGAACCCGGACGCCAAAUGCGGCCAGCUUCAGAUUCUAACUGAAGCAGACACAUCCGAACUCACUCGUAUAAGCAAGAUUGGUGCAGAAAGUGAAGCCGUCAAGACUUUGAUCCCGGCCGAUUCCGAGGCAUCUGAGGCAUGGAUUGUCGACCCGACAGAAAUAGAGAGGUUACUCCCCUUAGGCGCUGUCGGAGAACUCCUAAUACGGAGCUCAAGCAACCUGAGCUUAGAGUCAGUACCAUCACCUAAAUGGGCUGAACAGAGCCAAGACGGCCAAUUAUAUAGAACCAACAAGCUCGCAAAAUACGAUGCGAAUAAUGUAAUCACAUUCGUUGAACGAACAACCCCCGUAAAGGAACCAGUGGCCCCUCGACAAAAGCGCGUAUCGGCUACUUCAGCGAAGCAAAAGAGUCUGCGACAAACCUGGAGCCGAAUUAUAGCUAUCGACGAAGAAGACAUCGGAUUAAACGAUAGCUUCUUCCAGCUUGGAGGAGACUCCAUCGGGGCCAUGAAACUCGUAUCUGAACUUCGAGUGAAGGGUCUUGAGAUAACGGUACCUGAAAUCUUUAAGCACCGAACAUUGUACGAUAUGGCCAAGGUUCUAAGAGAAAGAGAACAAGUACCGGUCGAAUCUGAAGAGGCGCCCCCGUCUCCAUUCUCACUACUCGAUGUUCCAGACGUCGAGGCCUUCAUCGCCGAAACAGUUCGACCAGUUCUUCCUCAAGGGGACCACGUAAUCAAAGAUAUCCUACCAACGCGACCACUCCAACAAGUCGCCGUCAAGGGUACCGUUCAACUCCCCCGCUUCUCCUCGCGAUACGAACUCUUCCACCUCGACGGACACGUAGACCAAGAGCGCCUCUUCACAAGCUGCCGCGAUCUCGUCGCGCGCAACGAAGUCCUGCGAACGGUCUUCGUCGAGAGCGGCGAGAAGUGCUUCGGCGUCGUCCUCGAAGCACUCCCCGUAUCAAUCGACGAGUACGAAAUCGAAGGAGACCUCGACUCAUUCGUGCACAAGCUAUGCGAUCUAGACGUGCAGACCAAGAUGCCGCUCGGCUCCGCCUUCGUCAAGUUCUUUUUCGUGCGCGGCGAGGGCGCCAAGAGCUGUCUCAUCUUCCGCAUCUCACACGCGCAGUACGACGAAGUCUGCCUCCCCGCCUUAAUCCGCCAGCUCGCGGCUCUGUACGAUGGUGAGACGACGCCGGAUUCCGUGCCGUUUUCGUCGUUCGUGUACCAUAUCAUCAAUAAGUGCAUCCCGCGCAGCAUACCGUACUGGACAGACUUGUUGAAGGACAGUCAGCUCUCGAUCCUGCGCCCAGAUCUGCCGCUUACUUCGAGGGUCCCCGAUGCUAUUACCCGCACGGUGGAUAUCUCCGCGCGCUUAAAGGAUAUCACGAUCGCGACUCUACCUACCGCCGCGUGGGCGCUGUGUCUAGCCCGCCGUCUAUCUCUCCGUGAUGUCGUGUUCGGUGAGGUUACCACCGGACGCAACAUCGACUUACCACAUGCUGACGCCGUCAUGGGACCAACAUGGCAAUACGUACCCGUGCGGGUGCGCUUCGACUCCGACUGGAAAGCAGUGGACCUACUACAACACGUGCAACACCAACACAUCGAGAGCGCGCAGCACGAAGGCAUGGGUCUCCUUGAGAUUGCGCGGGAGUGCGUCCCGUCCUGGCACGAGGCUGGCGUAAAUUGGUUCGACAGCGUCGUGCACCAGGACGUGUACCAUGUCGAGGAGCUCAAGUUCGGCGGCGACCAGGCCGAAGGCCGGCUUGAGACCGUGUACCCGCACUACGAGCCGCUAAGGGAAUGGAAGAUACAGGCUUUCGUGAAGGGGGAUAGUCUGAUGUUCGAGAUUGUCACAUUUAAGGAUUGGAUCCCCGUCGCGGAAGAGCUGCUAGAUGAGUUGGAGGAGAUUAUGGGGUUGUUGGUACGGAGGCCGAAUGAACGACUUUUUGAAUAGGGGGUUGGGUUUCUAAGGAGAUGGUAUUUGGGUGCAUGAGAGCAUGAGAGCAUAUAACUGAGCAUAUAACUUGAGAUUCGAGUAGAUAUUUAUUUUGUGUUGUUAGUCUAUCUUUCUUUUUGUAGAAUUUGGAAUAGGUAUCUUAGAUUUUGAAAUUCAUGCUAUAUAUUUAUAUUUUGCUGUUA